AUGGAAAGCGCGGCCAAACGGAAAGCCGCCAACGCCGCUGCGAGCGACCACGACAAUCGCCCUGCGAAGCGACAAAAAGGGCCGGCCGACACCAAUGCCAACUCGGAGACGGUAGCCUCGACGACGACGGCCGGCUUGAAGUUCCUCGACAGCCUGAAGCAGGCAAAAGACAAGACGGGACGACCCAUAGCAGUUCACUUCCUUACCCUCCCGGAUAGGGACGAAGUGCCCGACUACUACGAGUAUACCAAGUUGCCCAUUGCGAUAGACACCAUCGAGAAAAAACUACUCAAUGGAGAAUAUUCCAGCCUGGCUCAAGUCGAGAGCGACUGUAAACGACUCGUCAACAACGCAAAGGCCUACAACGACAAGAAAUCAGUCAUCUACGAAGAUGCUGAGCGCCUACGCAAGACUGCCUCCAAUUGGAUGGUGAAGCAUAAUCCAGCAUACCGGGACGGCAACUACGUCGCAGUAGCUACUCCCAUUCCUGGCGAAGACAACUCGACUCCCUCAAAACCGUCGCCCCGCGUCGUAUCAACGCCCAGAGUCCCACAGACACCCGUUACACAUGACACCGUCGAACGCCCUCGGCGAGCAGCUGCUAUUGCAGCAUCAGCUACGCCAGCCCCAUCGAAACUGCGACAAUCGGCGUCUGCAGCGCCUGAUGACAACGAUGGUGCCGAGUAUACAGGCAAGACCUUUCAGCAGGCACAGGAACAGAUUGUGCGGGAGAUUAUUGAAUACGAGGAUCAAGGCCUACAGAUAUUCGUCCCCUUCCAAAAUCUCCCAUCACGGAGCUUGAAGGACUACUAUCAGUUGAUCAAGGAUCCCAUGUCGCUGUCUGCGAUACAGAAGAAAGUGCGGGGCGUCAUUGGUCGCGAAGCUCCUACAGGCCAUACCCUGUUCAAGAGCUGGGAUGCUUUUGAAAGUGCAUUCAGCUUGAUCUGGAAGAAUGCUCGCAUCUACAACGAAGACGGGAGUGAUAUUUACAAUUUGUCGUUAGAGCUUGAGGAAAUCUUCUACAAAAAACUUGAAGAGGCUAAAUCAAAGGUCAACGAGCCAACACAGCCGAAGCUCAAACUUAACAUGUCGACGGCAUCAGCAGCUCCUAAGCAGCAACUGAAGCUAAAACUCAAACCAAGUCCAGGCUCAGAGCCUAAUACUCCAAGUGCUCGCGAUUCUGCAACUCCGGGCGUUAUUGUCGACAACGACGCUCUUUUACGGCAGCAACGGCAUGUACUCAACAGCAUGGGGAACCAGUCAUCACGAGCCGCGUCUGGCGAAGCAGCAACGCCUGGAGCAUCAGCAAAUCCGUUUUCUGGGCCCAAGGGCGGCGCUUCGACGAGCGCUCCAUUGUCUGCUGCCCAAGGUAAAACUGGGGGGUCUCCACCAGCUGUCAACGGUGUCAAGCAAGAUGUGCAGUCUCCGGCGCUGAGCGCAAUAAGGCCUGCAAGCACCGCGCCCGAUAGCUCACGACUCAGCGUUCCUGUCCAAACACCGCAUCCACACAUGGCUCCACCACAUAACAUGUCUCGCACAGCCAGCGGCAGUCCACAUCCAAAUGGCCUUGGUCUGCAGAAUGGCCACUACGCUCCUCCACCACAACAACAGAGCUACCAUGCGCCUCCUGUACCACGAGUUGAUUGUUUCAGGAAGACCCCACUGAAGAAUUACCAAGAUGCAUUAAUACCCAGAAUCACACUAAAUACACAUCCCGCUCUGAGCGCAUCAAAGCCAUGGUCCGUCAACAUACUCGCCAACAAGCAGAAGACCAUGUACAGUGCCACCAUGGUUGUCGCGCCCGCCCACUCCUACAUCCAAAUUGUACCCAAGAUCCCCAUUGCACUUACCAACCGCAUGUACCGCCUGUUCGUCACCGUCAACGGCAACAAGACUCUUGAAGCAAACCGCGUCCCAGUCACAGCCGGCAUCAAUGGCGCCAGCCCAGGACCCGGUUACGAAGGCGGAAAGAAGAAAGGCGAACCCCUGUUCGAAGCCAAACUCCUCAGCGGCGUAAAUCGCAUCGAAGUUGAAAUCAUUGCGGAGAAAGAAAGAAAAGAAUCAUCAUCUGAAAAUGCGGGAGCUACGCCUGCUAAGAAGGAAGACGUCGAGAUUGAAAAGUGUACUAUUUUCUUGCAUUUGCCGCGACAGCCGACGAACUAG